CGUUCGGUCAGGGAUCGCCCUGGGCGCAGGGUGGGACCCAGGCAAAUGCCCCAGAGUCGCUGAAAACCGACCUGAACAAUGCCUUUCUUCAUAAGAAACACGACACAGCGCAAUGAUGAAACACGGGAAUCCGGACUGAAGCAAGAUUUCCAGCACAGCUAUUGUUGUUCUUUGUGUUUUAUAGCGCCGCACAAUGGGCGUUUCCCGAUAAGAACCGCCCCGUCGUUGUCCUCGAGAUCACGCCCGAAAGGGUCUCGCUUCCUCCUCCCUAGGUAGAUUGGCGCUCCGAAGCCCCAAGUACAGCAUUUUGUCACCGCCAUACACCCGCCUAGGUAACCAUGACACAAUACAGCCCUCUCACCCAGGCGGCCCUCCUAAAAUGGGCCAACACCUUCGAGACUCGGCACAAGGCCGAGACACUGCAGGACCUUCGAGAUGGCAUCAUCCUCGGUCACAUUCUCGAGCAGAUGCUGGCCCCCGAGUUCCACGCGUCGAGCCUCGUCCUCGCACCGCAGUCCGAUCACGACAACCGCCAGAACCUUGAAAUCGUUUACCGUGGCCUAGCAGGCUUCCUCCGUACCGAUAACCCGCUGUUGGCCCCAUCCCCCUCCGAGUUUCGCGCCAUCGCCGAGAACCCGACCGACAAUGCCCUGUGCGAGUUUCUCUCCGCCUUCCUCACGGCCGCCUGCAUGGGAUCGCUCUCGAGAACAUACGUCCCCAAUAUCCUCACGCUCGAUAGUCAAACCCAGGGCGAGAUCGCGAAGAUCAUCAACCAGAAGACCGACCUGCGCUUGGACCGGGAGGGAAAGGCGGAAGGAGAGCCGCAGGCGGACGACGUGGAUACCGACAUGGGCAUUCAUGCUUUCAGAGACCCGGACUUGAUGGCCGAGGAGCUGGAACAGAUGAAGGGCAAGGUCGAGAUUAUCAAGAAGCAAAACGCCGACCUGCAGUCCCGUCUAGACAAGCUCCUCGACACUCGGGAGGCGAUGCUGAGAGAUCUCCGAAACGCGCAGGAUGAGCUUACCACCCUCAAAAGAGCUAGGGGCUCCGACGUGACGUCCGCUAUCAAGGAUCUACGGAACGAGAUCCGCGACAAGAUGACCGAGAUUGACCGGUUGGAGGACUUGUUGGAGAAGGAGACGGUGCGCUCGACAAGAUACGAAAAGGAGAACGAGACCCUGCGCGUCAAGGCCGAGCGGUUAAAAGACCUCGAAGACAAAGUCACCGUGCUUGAGCACGAGACAAAACAGCAGCAGCAGCUAAUCAAGGGGCUGGAAAACUACAAGAAGAAAGCCCAGGACCUGACCGUCAUUCAGCAACGGAACCGGGUUUUGGACGAGCAGAUCUUACAGCUAGAGCAAGACCUCCGGAACUUUGACGAGGUGAAGGCGCAAAACCGGAAGCUUCAAAAGGAGAUCGAUGAGAAGGUCAGGGUCUUGACCACAAACGAGCAGGAGAUCAUCUACACGCUCCAGUCCAAGAAUGUCCUGCAAGAUGCCAACGAGGAGCUCAAGAGGCGAGUCGAGUAUCUCGACUCUAAGCGACAGCUGGACGAGAAUACGAUCAGGGAGCUCCAGGAGCAACUCCAGCUCGGCGAUAUGCCCGAGCCAGGUUCUGAAAGCCCAGGCGCCUCGACUGCCAAGUUUAGCCUCGAGCAGGAGCUUGAGACCACCUCUGAUCCGACUGUUGCCCUUCGCCUCGAGCUCCAGCGCCUCAAGGCUGAGAAUAGCCUACUGCGUAACAACAUGGCCGUGGCCUCGGAGAACGAGAAGCUCCGCAGCGAGCUGGACGGCGCCAACCAAAGGGUGGACCACUAUCGCUUGAAGUGCACAGAAGCCAUGGAGAAGCAGGCCGUGGCCCAAGAGCAUAUCAAUGCUUUGGUUGAACACGCCACGGGCGAAGGGGACGCCGCCUUCGUCAACAUGCGUCGGGACCUUCUCGAUACCACGCGCGACCUCGAAGUCGUCCGUAAGCGCGCGCAGGAGUUAGAACGCGAUGCCGCCGACCGUGAGCGCGAGCUGCUCCGCUUCAAGAUGGACCUCGACGCGAUCGGGCAGGAGCAGACCGCCGCGCUGGCCACGCUCAAGUCCUCUGACGAGCUCAUCUCGGAGUCGCUGCGCACCGAGCUCGAGGCCACACGCAAACAGCUCGCGCAGCGCGUCUUUGAGUACGACCAGAUGAAGGAUCAGCUCAUGGGUGCGCUGGUGUCCAAGGACAAGGUCCAGAAGAGGCUCGACGACGCGCUGGCGUCUUCUGCGGCCGCUGACCAACCUGCCGCCGCCCAGGAGGAGUCCACCAAGGGCAGAAAGGAAGAUGCCGAGAAGAUUGAGAAGCUCAAGACUGCGCUCAAGCAAAAGAUGGAGCAACUGGAAAAGUCGGAGCAAGAAAAGUACGAUCUCCAACGACGGCUCAAGCUUGCAGAGAAUGGCGGCGCAUUUGCCGCUCACAAGGCCGCUACCGAGCAAUUCAUCAAUAACCUGCAGCGCGAAAACGCCAUGAUCACCACCGCCUGGUACGACCUCACCAGCCGCCUGCAGAGCAACCACGUGGUGCUGCAGCGGCGGCACGACGCGCCCCGGAGCUGGCUAAACAAGCAGCGGCAGAUGGUGAAUGCUACGCCGAGGAGGUAGUGGCUCCGGGAGUGUUAGCAGCUGAUUCGUCUUCGGCGCGGGUCCCUCUUCGUCGUCUGCCUUUCCUUCUCGUUGCCGGACGGCCGCUCCGUCGGCGGCCUGUUCUGGUCUUUGUUGCGCAUAGCGUGGGCGUGGGUUGUUUGCUGCGUGGCUGAGGGUUGUGGCGCCAUGCCGUCCUCGUCGGGGAAGUCGUCGUCGCCGUCUUUGUGAGAACCUCACACUUUUACUCUUUUUAAUUUUGGACGGCGACGUGGUAUAGAAGUAGGUUGCCCCCUUGCGACGAUGGGUUCGUGGGCCAGAUCGGGGGAUGGUUUGCAUAUGGAAUACCCUGUUUUUAUACAAGAGGAGGAAAUAGAUGGUUUAGGGUUCGUGGUGGUGGGCUUUUCGGGCUCAACCACGACGGGUAGCUGGAGCUAGGUAUCGGUUUACCGUGGCCGUAAAUUCUUCUUAGAUAUACCCCUUGAAUAGAACAUUGCCCCGUUUGAGUGUUGUUA